AUGUCUUCCCCCUACCAACCAAAGCAGGUGACUCAGUAUGAGGCCUCACACUUGAUCGAGCUGAUGGGCAACGUCAGCGAGACCAUCAUUGAUUACUCUCUUAACCUACUUCCUCCAUUUAAAUCCACCGAUCUUAUCCACGACAAUGCGUGCGGUGCUGGAGUCGUGUCCCAGGCUAUCAUGGCAAAGAUUCCACCAUCUGCCGAAGGACUUUGCAUUCAGGCAACCGAUAUCAACCCCCAAUUUGUGACGGGCUGCGAACAGAUGGCCAAACUGAACAGAUGGCCAUUGGAUGCACAUGUGAUGGAUGCCCGUGUGAGUUUCAACCCGAUCAUGCUGAAGAAUGCUGUGCUAAUCAUGGACCAGGAUCUCGACUUCUCGACCAACCACUUCUCUCACUCUUUCAACAACUUUGCUUUCCACUCCAUGGACGUCGCCAGACAUGGUUUGAAGGAAGUACACAGAACCCUUAAGCCGGGGGGCAUGGCCAUGGUAUCCACGUGGAACGAAAUGCCACACACAGAUGCCCUUAAGCAUGCUAAUCGCCGAACACGUGGAGAGAAUGCCCCUCUCCCGAUGCUACUCCAAGACAUGUCAUUUGAGGAGGAACAUAUGAGGAAGGCAUUGCAAGAUGCUGGGUUUGAUCCUGAAAAGACAAAGAUAUACCACAAGGAUGCAUCUGUCACCAUUCCCGACCUAAGGCGUUGGGCACAGUUAGCAUGGAGCUACUUGGGCGUUCUACCGACUGGCUGGCUUCAUGAGGACGAAGAAAAGUGGGAGGAGGCCCUUGAUGAUAUUGUUGAACAGCUUGUCAAUAGUGACGGGAUCUCCAAGAAUGAUAGGGGCGAGACUGUGAUGCGAUUUGCGGGAUGUGUUGCCAUCGCUGCCAAAGAAGGUUGA